AUGUCAGAAGACAGAGCCAUCCUCAAGGUCACUAGUGACCUGAAAGCUGCCGUCUCUGCCAUCCUCCAGGGUUACGGCGACAGGCAGGGGCCAGUGACAGACGCCAGUGCUGAGCUGCACAGACUCUGUGGCUGCCUGGAGCUGCUGCUGCAGUUUGACCAGAAAGAGCAGAAGAGUUUCCUGGGGCCUCGGAAGGAUUACUGGGACUUCCUCUGCACUGCCUUGCGGCGGCAGCGUGGGGACACAGAGGCAGCCCGCCUCGUCUGCUCACAGGACAAGUUGAAGACCCCUCUGGGAAAAGGCCGUGCCUUCAUCCGCUUCUGCCUGGUCCACGGACAGCUGGCUGAGGCCCUGCAGCUCUGUCUCCUGAACCCAGAGCUCACCAGGGAAUGGUAUGGCCCCCGGAGCCCUCUGCUGUGCCCAGAACUCCGGGAAGAUAUCCUGGACUCUCUCUAUGCUCUCAAUGGCGUGGCCUUCGACUUGGACCUGCAGCGGCCAGAUCUGGAUGAGGCCUGGCCCAUGUUCUCAGAGUCAUGCUGUUCCAAUUCCAGCCAGACCCAGGGAAGAAGACCCAGGAAAACCAAAGAUGCCCCAAAGGAGAUCCCAGCUGCAUAUGAAGGUCCCGCAGGAGUCCAGCUGGACGAGCCACACACCAGUCAAGCCAGCUGUCUGCAAGAUGCACCCAGGGGACACCAGUUGGUUAGACUCCCUGGGUCCCAACAACAAAGGCAUCUUCCCCACGUUUUGGAAAAGAAGAGAGAAGAUUCCAGGAGCCUCGGACCCUCCCAGAGCAUGUGGGAACCAGAGGGGGAGGAACUUCAGCUGGACCAGGAGGAGGGAGCCCCGUGGAUUGAAAUCUUCCUGGAGAACUCCAGCAUCCAGGGACAGGGGCAGGGAGCCAAGGGGGCUCAGAGGGAGGUGAGAGGGCUGGAGGCUGAGGGCAGAGGGCUUCUGCCAGGUGCAGAGGGUCAGGGAACCACAGAGGGGACUCAUGAAGGGGAAGCAGAGUGGGGUCAUGUCCGGAGGCUGCUGGCCGCCGGCCCCAGAGGGGUGACAGAGGAAGCAACACUAGGGAGCAGGCAGGAGUGGGAGGGGCCGAGCACUCUGGGGGAGUCCUGGGUCCUCCAGGGCCUGGGAACAAAGGAAGGCUCCACCGCAGAGAAGCCACAGGAGCACACAGGAGUGACCAGUGUGGCCAGGAGGGAGGAGCAGGCUGAGGUGCCCCUGCAGGACGUGGUCAAGAGCCUCAAGCAUGAGCUGCAGAAGGCCAAGGAGCUGGCCCAGCGCCAGGAGCAGCUGCUGAGGGGACAGGAGGGGGAGCUGUGGGCACUUCAGGAGCAGCUCCGCAGGUGUCAGGAGGACAGAGCCCAGCUGCAGGCACAGCUGGAACAGAAGCAGCAGGAGGCUGAAAGGAGGGACGCCAUGUACCAGGAGGAGCUUGGAGGCCAGCGGGACCUGGUCCGGGCCAUGAAGAGGCGGGUGUUGGAAUUGAUUCAGGAGAAGGACCACCAGUGGCAGAGGCUCCAACACCUGACUUCCGUGGCCGCUGGGCGCUGUGUGGGCUGCGGCAAGGUCUUUGGCCGACUGUCUCGGCGCUAUCCAUGCAGGCUCUGCGGAGACCUGCUCUGCCACGCCUGCUCUGCGGAUUACAAGAAGAGAGAGUGCUGCUGCCCGCCCUGCGCCCAGGGAGUGGCUGCCCGGGUCACCUGA